AUGCUUGGCUCCAAUCCCAAAGAAGUUGCAAGGCAGCAAGCAUCACCGCCUGCAGCACUCAGCAGCCACCGAACCAGCUCAGUGAUCAUCAGCCCAAAGGAUCUCAUCGCACUCGAAACGCCCACCUGGAGUACCAACAGCCUACCCUCGCCCCCAGCACACUCCCCAACCAACAGACGGCUCAGCAAACAGAGACUCAGAAACACACUCACCCAGGCAGAGAUCAGCGAGAUCGAACAGCUCGGAGUCAAGUUCAUCGACCCACCCCAAUCCCCACAGCACACCAACAGCACCCUCAGCCGAUCCAGCUCACAGAACAUCCACCGAGUAGCAUCUUCCCGGAGGACGUCCAUCAACAGACGCAAGUCGCUCAAAACCACCCCCACCUCCCACAACAUCAAACCACAGCCGAUCUCAUCCGAUCAGCUCCUCCAGCUCAUCUCAAACCAAGCACAGCCACCCCUCCUCGUCAUCGAUCUUAGAUGCCUCAACACCUACCUCGGACCCAACGGACGGCUCAAGGGAUCCAUCAACCUCAACUUCCCAUCACUGCUCAUCAAACGAUUCCGAAAAGGCGUGCCCAACCACUUCCAACUCAACCCAUUCAUCACCACCGAGGCCGGCAAACGCUACUACUCAAAACUCGAAAACACCCUCCAGUCCUCAUCGUCAUCCUCAGUACUCGCCCAGCUCGACAUAUGUGUGAUCGACGACCAGCUGGUGGACGAACUACCCAAGCAGACCUCAAACUCACUCGGAAGCGUAUUCCUCGACCUUCUCGCCAAGCUCUUUGCCCAGCACCAACGCUCCUCGGGGCUCUACUUCCUCAACGAAAAGUUCGAAAACCUCAGCCACAACCCGGCCGCCCAACACUCUCUGCUCCUUGGCGAACCCCAGCGACCUCAGCAAGCAUCACAAGGAGAGAGCACCAAUCCUACCCAUCCCCCCCAUCUCUCCCAAACCAUCCUAAAUACAUCGUCAUCAACUGCAACUACAACGACAACAUCAACAUCAGCAUCUGGGCCACAGGGACUCUUGCGUUUACGACCCAGUGCCCCGGUGAGAUCUCUACCAUCUGUUGACCAGAGCAAUGGAGAACCUACUCAGCACCAACCACAGCAGCAGCAGCAGCAGCAGCAGCAGCCUGGCCCGCUUUGCUCGCCCGGCCUAUCGACAUCCGUAGGCCCGCUUCCGUCGAGGACGAAACCGCCCAAGCUGCGGCGGAUUGACACCUCCGAAUCGCUCCUCAGCGCCCCCCGCUCCACCGCCAGUCUCGCCCUCAGCUCCAAGCACUCCCUCGGCCAACUCAAGAUCGACCAUCUCUCCAUCGCCUGCUCGCCUACCUCCCAUCACAGCCCCUCGCCCCUCUCCAAGCUCAGCUCCUCCCAUCCUCCUGAGGAAAGUCCAUCCGCCGAACCGACUACUUGCAGACCGCACGUCAAGUUCUCCGACGACCACCAUGAUCCUACCCAUGAUCAGCCACAACCACCAAACAGACCCGGCCACUCUUCUUACGACCACUCGCCUGGCUCGCCGAGUACCAACCCAGAGAUCCACUUCAAAGUCUCAACGAUCAUCCCCUCCUUCCUCUACCUUGGCCCCGAACCAUCCAAGGAGACCGACUUCGCAGAGCUCGACCGGCUCGGCAUCCAGCGCAUCCUCAACACUGCACUCGAAUGCGUCGACGAGGAGGAGCUCAUCCGGACCCGCUACCCGUUCAUUCGUAAAUACUUCCAGAUCCCGCUGCGAGACUUUGUCGAAGAAACCGGGGUCCAAAAGGGCAUCGACCAGGCUAAUCGCGUCCUCAACGACGCCUUCCUGCAUUCGGCCCCGACUUAUGUGCAUUGUAAGGCCGGCAAAUCGCGCUCGGUGACUAUUGUCCUCGCAUAUCUGAUCCAUCGCUACCGGUGGAGCCUGAAGAAAGCGUAUGCGCAUGUGUCUGAACGGCGGGCGGGGAUCUGUCCGAAUAUCGGGUUUUUGGCCGAGUUGAUGAGCUUCGAGCAGCGCGAGCUGAUGCCCAAGACCCACUCCGUCCUCGGACCCCACCGAGCCAACAGUAUCCGACCAGGCGAAAGCGGGCUUCUAGGCCACCUAAAGAGCGCGCGCUCGGUCUCCCACCACUACCCGUCCUCUUCGUCCACCUCCACCUCCGUCUCUGCCAGCGUCCUGUCGCCGAAACGUAUCGACCCCCACUCCCCACGCCCCCAUCCCGACCAUCAACAGAACCAGCACCAGGCGGAGGAAGCGGAGGAGGAGGAGGGAGGCCACGGCGAAGCCUUCGCGGCUUACUCCUUCGGCCAAAAGCCCCUCCCAACAUCCCUGCUCCGCGCCCGUCCCCCGCCCACCAAAUCGUACUCGCUCGACCUCGACCGCUCCCAUCGCUUCAGAGUCCGCUCGCUCGCCGUCGCCGCCAAGACCGACUUCUUCGCCCCCCCUCCGCCCCCUGCUCAGCCCCCCCGAGACAACCUUGCCAAUCUCGAUAACCCCCUCCUGGUCUCUCCCGACCGCGCGUCUCCCCGUUCGGUCUUCAGCAAAGGGCCCAGAGACAGCUUGCCUCCCGGCUUCUUUCCCGCCGCUACUACCCCCACGCGCUCUGAUACUGCUGCUGCUGCUGCUCAUGAAGACAGCGGCGUUGCGGACAGUCUCGACGCCCCGCUCCAGUGA